UUGUCUCUGUACCGCGACUGUCAAGGUGAGUCCCACGAGAGGGAAAGGGUUGAGGGAUGGGGAGGAGAGAUAGUAGCCCCGGCGACAACAAGGGGGACAUGGGAAGGGAAGGGGGAGAAUUGAAGACAGGAUGAUACCUGGUUAUAAACGUAAACGUGUGGUAUAUCCCUCCAAUGCGUCACUGGAGGAUUGCACCGAGAGUGUCACCGUUCCCCAGACCACCUCCACUCCAUCCCCCCCGUUCCCUUUUCCAUCUCCAGGAACUCUGACAGCCUGCAAGCGCAAACGAACAAGGCCUGUCAUGAUUUGGUUCCAGACUUUUGUUCCCCCUCCUCGGGUGGCGUCUGUUGUACGGCACUCAACCCUUAUCGCACUUGGGUCUGGUAACUCUGCAAGCGAAUCAUGGACGAGAGUGGUGUACCGUACUCCGUGUAGAAGAACCCCCCUGGUCCAGGGAGUACUGCGCAAGCUUUCGCGGUCCAAUCUAAGUGAAUCUAAUUCAAUCUUGCUCCGCAUUAAACCAGGCCCAGCUUACCAGCCGAGCCUUUUCCCCGCAUCUGUCGAGCUGAUUGAUGAAAGCCAUGUCCAUGUUCAACUCCCAUGGCCUGGGGAACAUUGCCAAAUCUGGUUGCAUCCGCCGUUGACUAGAGAAUGGCCUUGUGGAGAGGAAGUGCGUUUGGAGCUUAGGGACUUGGGCGCGCUAAUGCGAAUUCUUGUCGUGUCGCUGAAAGCUUCUUCUUGGCACGCUGCCCAAGGCACCGGCGCCAUGAGAUUCCAAGAUCCCCGCGCGGCAAACUGCCCCUGUUCGCAGUGAGGUGGUGGUGUCGGAGUCGGCCAGCUCCACUUCGGCAGCGUAUUCGUACAGGGGACAGGGCACUACAAACGCGGGGCUAGUGGGGCCGUCGUUCUUUCCUCCGCAAAUCUGGGGUUUUGUGGGGAAUCUCACCU